AAUCAAUUGAAUAUAAUCGAUUACGAUAAUCGAAUUGAAAUUAAUAAACAAAACGAAAAAUUAAAUUUUUCCGAUCUGGAUCUAUUAAGUAAUCAUCGUCAUCAUAAUCAUCAGCAUCAGGAUCAGGAAAGCCCAAUCGGCUUAAUAAAGAAAGGUAACAACAACAAUAACAAUAACGAAGAAGAAGAAGAAGAAGACGAUUAUAUGUCGAAUGGUCAAAGUGAUUUAGAAUUUUUUGAUCAAUUUCAAUUACAGAAUCAAAAUUUAUUUGAUGAAAAUUUUGAAAUUGAUUUACAAUCAUUAACACCAUCAUCAGUACAACGAUUAUUUACUAGUCAGAUUUCAAUGUCUGGAUUUAAUCCGAACAACAACAACAACAAUAGCAAUAAUAAUAACGGGCAGAAUUUUUUAGAUUCAUCAUUAGUAUCAUCGAAUAUUAAGCAACAACAACAACAACAGAAUCUAGUUAAUAAUUCAAAGCUUUCAAUUCAACAACAACAACAACCGAUAAUUAAUCAACAACAACAACAACAACAAUCAUCAUCAAAUAUAUUAACCGCAACAAAUAUUCAUCUACGACAUCCAUCAUUAUCACAUCAAUUAAUUAGACAAGAUUCACAAUCAUUAUUAUUUGGUGGUAGUUGUUGUAGUAGUACAAGUAAUACAAAUACAUCAACAACAUUUGAUUCUAUUAGUAAUUACGGUAGUGGUGGUUGUGGUAGUUCAUCAUCAUCAUCAUCAACACCAUCAACGCCAUCAAGUAUAAUUGGUGGUAUAUCAAUAACGGUGGCAUCAUUGCCACCGCAACAACAACAACAACAACAGGUAGCAGAAUCAUCAUUAUCAUCAUCGACAUCGACAUCGAAUUUAAUUUCAUCACCAACAUCGACAUCGACAAUAACAACAAAUCCAAUAUCAUUGCCAAGUUUUAAUGAAAUUUAUUCACCACCAAGAUUUGGAUCAACAACAUCAUCAUCA